CUUGUCGCACAGGGUCAGCUAGACAUGGAGGGGGCCCUGAUUGCCAGGGACAGGGUGGGAAUCCAGGACUUUGUACUUCUGGAUGAAACCACAGAAGUGGCCGUUCUGAGCAACCUAAAGAAACGCUUCAGCAAGGAUCUCAUCUAUACUUAUAUUGGAACGCUGUUAGUGUCUGUCAAUCCAUAUAAAGAGCUGGACAUCUACAACAAGAAGCAGAUGGAAAUCUACAUGGGUGUCAACUUUUUUGAGCUGCCACCCCACAUUUAUGCCCUGGCAGAUAAUGCCUACCACACCAUGCUGACAGAGUUCAACAAUCACUUUAUCCUCAUCUCUGGUGAGAGUGGAGCAGGAAAAACAGAGGCCUCCAAGAAGAUUCUGCAGUAUUAUGCGGUCAGCUGUCCAAGCACCACCCUGCUAAACACAGUCCGAGACAAAAUGCUCAUGUCCAACCCUGUCCUAGAGGCUUUUGGGAAUGCCAAAACACUAAAAAAUGACAACUCAAGCCGGUUUGGGAAAUAUAUGGACAUUCAGUUUGACAGCCAGGGGGAUGCUGUCGGAGGCCACAUCCUGAACUACCUGCUGGAGAAGUCAAGGGUCGUGCAUCAGAAUCACGGGGAGAGAAACUUUCACAUCUUUUAUCAACUCGUAGAAGGCGGGUCAGAUGACUUGCUGCGUAAGCUGGGCUUGGAGAGAGGCUGCCAGCAUUAUAACUAUUUAACACAGGGGGAAUGUGCCAUUUUGCCCUCCAUCAAUGACAAAAAUGACUGGAAAACAGUAAAAAAUGCACUUCAAGUCAUCAACUUUGAUGAGGCUGCCACCAGUCACUUGUUUGAGGUCAUUGCCAGUGUUCUCCACCUGGGGAAUGUGCGGUUUGACUCUGACAGUAAAGGUUAUACCCUCCUGAGCAACAACACAGAGCUGCGCUGGGUCUCAAAUCUGCUAGGAGUGGAUGCCCACAGUCUUCAAGAGGGACUAACAUUCAGGAAGAUUGAAGCCAAAAAAGAUCAGGUCCUCAGCCCCUUCACAACUGAUCAUGCCAUCUAUGCCAGAGACGCCCUAGCCAAAGCCAUCUAUGGACAGACCUUCACCUGGCUGGUCAACAGGAUCAAUGAGUCUAUGGAGAACAAAGACCCUUCACGGAAGACUGUUAUAGGGCUUUUGGACAUAUACGGAUUUGAGGUUUUCUAUGUAAACAGCUUUGAGCAGUUCUGUAUAAACUAUUGCAAUGAGAAGCUACAGCAGCUUUUCAUCCAGCUGACACUCAAAUCGGAGCAGGAAGAAUAUGAAGCAGAGGGUAUUGAGUGGGAGCCAGUUCAGUUCUUCAACAAUAAGAUCAUCUGUGACCUAAUUGAGGAAAAACACAGAGGAAUAAUAUCAGUCCUGGAUGAGGAGUGUCUCAGGCCAGGAGACGCUACAGAUCUGACCUUCCUGGAGAGACUGGAAGAAAUGAUGGGAAAUCACCCCCACUUUGUCACGCACAAACUAGCUGACAAAAUGACACGUAAGACUCUGGAGAGGGGAGAUUUCCGUCUCUUGCAUUAUGCCGGGGAGGUCACCUACUGUGUUGUGGGUUUUCUGGACAAAAAUAAUGACCUGCUAUAUAGAAACAUAAAAGAUCUCAUGUGUCAGUCUAAAAAUGACAUAGUCAGAGUGUGCUUCUCAUCCAUGGAUCUAGACAGCAGGAGAAGACCAGAAACAGUGGCGACCCAGUUUAAAAGCAGCCUGCAGAAGCUGACUGAGAUCCUCAUGGCUAAAGAAGCCUGGUACAUACGCUGUCUAAAAUCUAAUGAGUCCAAGCAGCCAGGUCAGUUUGAUGAAGCACUGAUCAGGCACCAGGUGAAGUACCUGGGUCUGAUGGAGCACCUCAGAGUCAGACGAGCAGGUUUUGCCUACAGACGCAAAUAUGACAUCUUUUUAAAGAGAUAUAAACCGCUGUGUCCAGCCACCUGGCCACACUGGAGAGGACCACCUGCCGAUGGCGUGGAAGUGCUGGUUCAACAUCUGGGCUACCUGCCAGAUGAGUACAAAAUGGGACGGACCAAAAUUUUCAUCCGUCACCCCAGGACGUUAUUUGCCACAGAAGAUGCUUAUGAGAAAUGUAAACAUGAACUGGCAACACGCAUCCAGGCAAAAUACAAAGGCUACAGGGCAAAGGGAGAAUUCAGGAAACAGAAAGAAGCUGCCACGAAGAUUGAAGCUUGUUGGAGAGGAACGCAGGCUAGGAAGGAGAAGGAGAAGAGAGCCUGGGCAAUAAAAGUCAUCAAGAAAUUUAUCAAAGGCUACAUGACCAGAGGCCAAGCAAAAACCACAGAUAACUCAGAGUACCUGGCCUUCGUGAGACAAAGUUACCUGAACAGACUUAAAGGCAAUCUGCCGAAGACUGUUUUGGACAAAACCACCUGGCUAACUCCACCAGCUGUUCUCACAGAGACGUCAGAGAUGCUGCGUAAGCUUCACUACCGUCUUAUGGUACGGAAGUACGUGCGAGGAAUCACGCCCCAAAAGAAAGCACAAUUUCAAAUGAAGAUUAUCACCAGCUCCGUCUUCAAGGGGAAGAAGGACAGUUAUCCACAGAGUGUCGCCCAACCUUUUGCCGACACCAGAAUCAGUGAGGAAGACAUAAACACAAAAGUCAUCCAGAUGAUUCGCAGUGAGCGUAUAAAGUACAGCGUUCCAAUAAUUAAGUAUGACAGAAAUGGCUUCAAACAGAGGUACAGACAGCUCAUCCUCACCCAAACAGCUGCCUAUGUGAUAGAGGAGGCCAAGAUCAAGCAGAGAGUGCUGUACACUUCUCUCAAAGGGAUUUCUGUCAGUAACUUGACUGACAGCAUCAUUGUAUUCCACAUAACACGUGAGGACCCUAAACAAAAGGGGGAUCUGGUGAUGCAGUGCGAUCACUUGUUUGAGCUUUUGACCAAACUCUGCGUCACUGCUAACAAACAAGAUGCAGUCAAAGUAGUUCAGGGCAGUAUCAAGUUUGAAAUCCAGGCCGGAAAAGAGGGUGCAGUGGACUUCAGCACUGGGGCGGAGCCCACGGUAUACAAGGACAAGAACGGACACCUCAUGGUGGUUGCCACUCGGGCAAGGUCACGGUAACGUGUGGGGCUGAGGAGGAGACACAUAAGAGGCCUCUGCAUAUUUCAUCAGGAGACCACUAAGGAGAAGAUCACCAUGUCUGCAGGAAACACAAGUGCCCAGAAAGAGAACCUCAGGAACCUUCGAUGAGCUUGUCUGCUGGACAGAGACGCACACACACUAGUCAUAAUCAAAAUUACUUUGUUUCAAAAUAUUAAGAAACAGAGGCUAUUGUUUUACAGUCUUGUGUUUGAGCAACACUUAAAUUUACUAAACUAUUUUAAUGUACUAAACACUGAACAUCAUGCUUCAGAGAUGUAAUUCUAAUUUUGACACAAUGAAGCCAUAUGUAUAAUAAAUUUGCAUGCUCACUGAUAUUGUAUAUUAAAACCAGCACAAAAGAAUGUUUGUAGAAAUUU